AUGCUCUCGAACGUGAACACCUCGUUAUCUGGAUACGUCCGAGCACACAACGGGCUCCGUUUGAUUCAGGAUCGAAAUUGUAUCGUUCGGUUAGACAAAGAACCUUCUAACCAUAAGGUAAAACUUCUUUCUGGUGGAGGAAGUGGCCACGAACCAGCUCAUGUAGGCUACGUUGGCUACGGAAUGCUGGAUGGAGCAGUUUGCGGUGAUGUAUUCUGUUCCCCAUCGGCAACAGCAAUAGUGGAUUGUUUACGUACCAUAGCGAAACCGAGUGAUGAGGUUUUAUUCAUCGUCAAUAACUACACCGGUGACAGGUUGAAUUUCGGGCUGGCAGCAGAACGCGCCGCGGCACUUUAUGGUUAUAAGAAGCUAAUGAUUCUACUAAACGAUGAUGAUUGUUCGAUCGAGGACGAAUUGGUGAGAAGAUCAGUCGGCAAGCGAGGUUUGGCUGGAUCUGUUCUGCUGAUAAAAAUAUUGGGAGCAAUGGCUGAAUUGGGACAUAGCGUCGAAGAGAUGCACCGAUUCGGGAAUAAAAUGUUACGUGGAGGUCAUUUGGCAACGUUCGGAUUCACUUUCGACAUAGUCAACAAUAGCUUGGUUAACAUCGAGCUUGGAAAAGGACUUCAUGGUGAACCUGGAGUGUACAAAAUGCAGGCGUGUGAUAACUUCGAAUCAAUAAUCGAUUUUAUUAUGUGCAAUCAAGAGAAUAGAAACCACUUCUGA